AUGGAGCAGCACCUGAAUUUGGCUGAAGCCCGAACGCGAGACGUCUACGAACGGCUCAAGGCAUGCGAGGACCGAAUACUGGAAUUGGAGAAGGUGGCCCCUUGCCGUGACUUCCUACACUUUGAAAGGUUGAAGAAGAAGCUGAAGGAGCAAGGCGUGACAGACACGGAUGAAGUGGAAGACGCCUACAUAGCGGCCAAAAAGCUCGAGCAGGAGGAAAAGACGAAGGACAAACUGACGUGGUCUGGUGACAAAAAGCGGAAGGAGGACGAAGAGAGAAAGCGCAGGAAGGAGAAAGGAGAGGCCAAGCGACGAAAACGUACAGCAGACUAG